CCCCCACCAUAUAAGACCGCAUGGAAGUCGUGAUGAAAACGGAGCGAAUGUGGAUGGACGGCAGGGUUAGUUCCAAGGCUCCAACAAUGAGACGAGGGAAUGCGGACUGGACCGGACACCGAGCGACACGCCACUGACGCGUUAGCGCUCUUCAUGCAGAUCCACGCCGCGGUUUUCACAUCUGGGCUUGGCAGCGGCGGGACCAGCGUUUGCAGGGUGCUGGUGAGCUGAAGCCCGGGAACGAUGUCACAGCUGUACUACCGACGGACUGACAGCUCCUCGUACCGGGACCGCAUCCCGCUGAGGAUUGUGCGGGCCGAGUCGGAGCUGUCACCUUUGGAGAAAGCCUACCUUGGAGCUGUGGAGAAGGGAGACUACGCCAGUGUCAAACAGGCUCUUCAGGAGGCCGAAAUCUAUUUCAAGAUCAACAUCAACUGCAUCGACCCUCUCGGCCGCACUGCGCUGCUGAUUGCCAUCGAGAACGAGAACCUGGAGAUCAUCGAACUCUUGCUAAGCUUCAGCGUCUACGUCGGCGAUGCCCUGCUGCACGCGAUCCGCAAGGAAGUGGUCGGAGCUGUGGAGCUGCUGCUUAUUCACAAGAAGCCAAGCGGGGGCAUGCAGGUUCCUCCCAUCUUAUUGGACAAGCAGUUUUCAGACUUCACCCCUGACAUCACUCCUGUCAUUCUCGCCGCACACACCAACAACUAUGAAAUUAUAAAACUCCUGGUGCAGAAAGGUGUGUCUAUGCCGCAGCCUCAUGAGGUGCGCUGUAACUGCGUGGAGUGCGUGUCUAGUUCAGACGUGGACAGCCUGCGGCACUCGCGCUCCCGCCUCAAUAUCUACAAAGCGCUGUCGAGCCCCUCGCUAAUUGCGCUCUCCAGCGAGGACCCCUUCCUCACUGCGUUCAGGCUCAGCUGGGAGCUGCAGGAGCUCAGCAAGGUGGAGAAUGAGUUCAAAUCUGAGUAUGAGGAGCUGUCCCAGCAGUGCAAACAGUUUGCCAAGGACCUCUUGGACCAGACAAGAAGCUCCAGAGAGCUGGAGAUGAUCCUCAACUACAGAGAUGACAUUAACCUAUUGGAUGAAGAGGGCCACAAUGACCUGGCAAGACUCAAACUAGCUAUCAAGUACUACCAAAAAGAGUUUGUAGCUCAGCCAAACUGCCAGCAGCUUCUGGCGUCCCGAUGGUACGACGAGUUCCCCGGCUGGAGGCGGCGCCACUGGGCUGGGAAGUUCUUCACGUGUGUCUUCAUCGGACUCCUCUAUCCUGUGUUUGCUCUCUGCUACCUCAUCGCGCCGAAGAGUCGCCACGGCCUCUUCAUCCGCAAGCCCUUCAUCAAGUUCCUCUGCCACACAUCCUCCUACCUGACCUUUCUGUUCCUGCUGCUCCUCGCCUCCCAGCACAUUGUCACCACAGAGCAGGACAGGCAGGACAGACAGGGCCCCGCACCCACCACUGUGGAGUGGAUGAUCCUGCCCUGGGUGCUGGGAUUCAUCUGGGCAGAGAUCAAACAAAUGUGGGACGGUGGUUUCCAAGACUACGUCCACGACUGGUGGAACCUGAUGGACUUUGUCAUGAACUCUCUGUACCUGGCCACCAUCUCUCUAAAGAUUGUAGCCUACACUAAGUACAGUGGCAGUAGACCGAGGAACCAGUGGGAGAUGUGGCACCCAACACUAGUAGCUGAGGCCGUGUUUGCCAUAGCAAAUAUUUUCAGCUCGCUGCGGCUCAUCUCGCUGUUCACAGCCAACUCUCAUCUGGGCCCACUGCAGAUCUCUUUGGGGAGAAUGCUGCUGGACAUCCUGAAGUUCCUCUUCAUCUACUGUCUGGUCCUACUUGCAUUUGCCAAUGGACUAAACCAGCUGUAUUUUUACUAUGAGACCAAAGCUUCCGACGAGAGGGGGAAAUGCAAAGGCAUCCGCUGUGUGGAGCAGAAUAACGCCUUCUCCACGUUAUUUGAGACACUGCAGUCUCUCUUCUGGUCAAUCUUCGGUCUGAUCAGCCUGUAUGUGACCAACGUGGACGCCGACCAUCAGUUCACGGAGUUCGUCGGCGCCACCAUGUUCGGCACAUACAACAUCAUCUCCCUGGUGGUGCUCCUGAACAUGCUCAUAGCCAUGAUGAACAACUCCUACCAGCACAUUGCCGAUCAUGCUGACAUCGAGUGGAAGUUUGCCAGGACAAAGCUGUGGAUGAGUUACUUUGAAGAAGGGGCCACUCUGCCGCCCCCGUUCAACAUCAUCCCCAGCCCCAAGUCGUUCUGGUACCUCAUCUGCUGGAUCAAGAGACAAGUGUGCAAAAGGACCAGAGCCAGGCGCCCUGGAAACUUGGGGAGUCUUGGAAGGCGUGCAGCAGAAAACCUGAGGAUGAACCAUCAGUAUCAGGAGGUGCUGAGGAACUUGGUGAAACGUUAUGUGGCCGCCAUGAUCAGAGAUGCUAAGACAGAGGAAGGCCUGACUGAAGAGAACUUCAAGGAGCUGAAACAGGAUAUCUCCAGUUUCCGUUAUGAGGUGAUGGGCUUGGUGAAGACGGGGAAGCCUGCUCUACAGGGGGUAAAGGCCAGUGGGAGCUCAGCGGACUCCAGUCUUGCUUACCCCAACGCCUCGCUCAAGGUCCCUCCCUCCCCCCAGAGCAGCCAGGGGAAAAGCAAACUCAACCGCUUCAAGAUCAUCGCGUCCCUCCUCAAGCAGGGCGGGGCCACGGCUUCCCCCAGGCCGCCCGACGCCUUCAACGGUCUAACCAACAGACCCGCCUCUGACGAGAGACCCGGACAAAUCCACCGUGGGAGUUCCCCCGAAGAAAUCACUGAUUUGGGCUUAUUCCAGAAACGCCACCGCAGUGGGAAGGAAGCCGCAGCAGGUGCAGGAGAAGGUCCUCGAGACAUGUGCUCUCUGUCAGAGGAGGCGGGCGAGUCCUGUGGCUCAGACGCAGAGCAGCAGGACGCAGAGCAGCAGGACGCAGAGCAGCAGGACGCAGAGCAUCCGGCGAAAGGCGAGGGGGAUGAAGAAGAACUCCCGCACGCAGGGAGGAAGGCGGAGGCUGCGGUAAACGAGGCGCCAAAUGAAAACAACGAGGUUUCGAGGGCCUGUGGCAGCACCGGUGAAGGUGGGAAAAAAGAAACGGAGGAAAAGGAAAGGGAGAGCUCCUCCUGCAGGGACUCGAGCGCUGGCGGGUGUUCGUCAGCGUCGCCCAGAGAAGACGCAUAGGCCUGGAUGGUACGUAGCUGAAACGGGAGGCCAAGGGAUGCUGGAUUGAAGAUUGAGGGAUAGGGACAAUCGAGGUAGUUUUGCAAAGACUUUUAACUUUUCUAGUUAGUAUCAAACUAUUGAUCAGAUGUGUUCUUCGGCGACUCCGGGGGGCUUUUGGUGUAAGUGUUUUAAACGCAGUUAAAUAAGAAGUGGAGAUGCAGCCACGGUAAACUGAGGUCCAUGUGAGCAAAGCAAGGAUUUAGAUUUUAGGAUAAAAUCGUAUUGCAUCCCCACUACUUUAGAAAUAAUUAUUUCCUGAGACUGGUCUUUUUUUAACCCCCUCUUAAUGUCACUUUAUGCCCUUCUUUUCAAGUUCCUUCAUCAAUCUCUCUCUACCUCUUUUCCUUUUCCCCUCCAAUCUGCCCGUCUCUAUCACAAUAGAGCAAUAGAUGUGUUCCCUUUUAGACCCCACCCUCUGCCUUACUCUGGCUGUACCUGCACUUUACACUGACAUAGAGUAUCUCAAAGACGUGUAAAGCUCUGACCAUGCAACACAAUUCUGUCAAUGUUUUUCUAUGCAAAACUUGGGAUUGUGAUUUAUUAUUCUGAAGAGGACAGAGGUACAUUUUGACACUGACGGUUCUCAUAUAAAGUUGAAUUUUAUCGAUGAAGAUUAAUGGGAGACACACAUUUUGAACACAGCCUAUCAACCAUUUAAAAUAACAUGUUAUUGAUGUUUUUUUUCACUCCCACAGGAAAUAAACUUGUUAUUUUGA